AUGGGGCACUCCAAGAUAUGUCAGGACGAUACCACCUACUUUAAUACAGCAAAUGGAAGAUGUGGCCCAUGUCCCAGACCACCUUCGGGACGUGAAAUUAACCCAAAUUGUGGCUACGAUGAUUACGGGGGCCGUCACGAAGUCAAGUUCGUUGAGUGCCGAGGCAACAAGUUUAACGAUGGCACACAUUACAAAUGUCAACCAUGCAGCUUGUGCGCGCUGGGCUUUACGGUAGUGCAGCCUUGUAGCAAAGAAGCCGAUACCAAGUGCCAAGCAACACAGGCUUUUACGCAAAACACCACCGCUUCUUAUAAGACUAACCCGGGAAAGAUUCCAGUAGCAUCAUGGAUGGUGCCUCUCACAUUUAUUAUUUGUUGUGCCACAAUUGCCUUAUCUUGCUGGUUCAUCUACAGGAAAAGAGGAUUUAAAAAGUCUUCGUGUGGGCAGUCCACACCUCUCUCUGCAACUCAAGGGACCAAUGAACUGAAAGACAUUCUAAGCCCCGUGAUCCUGGCUGCACCGCUAAGAUGUGUUCUGGAUGAUUUGGACGUGCUAGACGAGCUGAUCAUGUUGUUGGAUCCUGAGACCAAAAGCAUAAAAAACACCAAACAUCUGGCAUCCCUGUGUAGCUUCUCCUCAAACUGGGUGACCUACACAUACUCCCUGAAGGAGACCAAGAGCCCCCUGAGAGCCCUGCUGGAGGGGGUCAACUGCCGACACCCUGACUGGACAGUUGAACAUCUGGCUCUGCUGCUGCAGCAAAUAGACCGCGUGGAUGCAGUGGUAGCACUACGCAACCUCAGUGCAGGCAAACUUCAGACUUUCGAAGUUUAACACAACAGAUGGUCAACCCUUCCUCUUUUUCC